ACGGACGUCUGGGCCUCGAUCUCUAAGAAACAUCCCCAGAAGCACCUGAGGAGAAAGGAGCCAUGCAGAGUCUGACGCAGGCUUAUGAGGGCUCCGACACCGUGACCGCAGCCACUACAGAGCCGCCACAGGACCCUGACGCUCAAGAUCAGCCGGCACAGAGUCGGGAGGAUGCUGCAGAGGAGGAGAAUCUGUCAGCCGGUCCUGCUCCAGAGGAACGGGAGACUGGAGUGCAAACAGCAGACACUCCUUCCACUGCAGCGCAGAUGGAUGUUGAUGCUGUUGGUCAGACACCUGGAAGGACUGAAGCAGACGCUACAGCGAAGCCUGGAGCCCCGGCAGAACCAGCGCCCGAUGGAAACACUGGGCGCAAACCGAAAGCAAAGGAUAAAAGUGACGGCAGGAGAUACGUUCCCUCUAAGAAGGCCAUGACAGAUCCUUUAAAAAUGGAUGUGACCAAACCGCUGAGUGAUCUGCUCACAUCAUCUCAGCUCUCCCUGCAGUGCUUUGCGUGCCACAUAAUCUUCAGUGAUCAUAAGAGCAAAGAGCGCCAUCUGAAGUCGAACCACCCGACAGAAUAUGAACAGAGCAUACUGAGGAACGCCCUUUUCGCUUGCUACGUUUGUGAUCGCUACUUUACAAACUCCACUGAGCUCAUGGCUCACCAGAAAGCCCACAUCGAGAAAAAACCUUUCAAGUGUCCCAUCUGUAACGUGACCUUCAAGAAGUCAUCCGAGCUGACGGUUCAUAAAAAGAAACAUUUCGGCCAGGACGGCUAUGCCUGCACUGACUGUGGUAAACCCUGCAAAACGAUGACAUUGCUCAAGUACCACCAGCGCACACACACUGGGGAGAGGCCCUAUGUCUGCACGCACUGUGGAAAGAGGUUCACCACAUCCAAAGGCAUGCUGAGCCACAUGUCUUCACACCUGGACGACGCAGGUGAUGAACCUGGUGGAGGCACCACUUCUAAAGCACAGCCAAGAAAAAAAGACGGUGCUUCUACAGUAAAGUAUCCUUGUUCUGUGUGCAAGGCCACUUUCAAGAGUUUCAAGACAAGGCAGCAUCACAUGAGAAAAAAGCACAAUUUGUUGCCUGCCGUGGAAAGUAUUGCCCCCCAGCAAGUAAAGCAAAGUUUGCCAAUUAUCACUCCAAUAUCUGUUUGCCAACAAGCACUACUCCAGUUGGAGCCCAAUGGACCUCUGCAAAAGGUUGACGCCAAUAUUGAUACGGAGCAGAUACGCAAAAUGAUAGAAUCCAUGGGAAAUAUACAAAAAGUGAAUCAAGUUGUCAUAUUGGGGCAGGUACCGCCUCAUGCGCCACCGCUUGAAGUGCAACAGAUACCUCAAGUUAUCAAGCCAGUGAGCUUGGAUCUUGGUCCCACGCACAUAGAUUUUACGGGUCUGAAACAAACUGAAUCGAACCCUUCAAACAGCCAAUGUCCCUUAAUGGAGCAAACAAUCAUCUUGGAGCCUAUCACACCAGAUGGGCAACUUGAAAACCCCUCCUUCUCUGAGUUAGGUUCCCAGUUAGCAGCGGGUGAGAAUAUAGAGCUGACACUCGUUCACGCUGAACAAACAGUGGGAACUGAGGGAGAGGUGAUACAUCAGAUUCUUGAGCAACCUGAGAUUAAUGUAAUCCACUCUGAUCCCAUGGAUACAAUGAUUUGUCAGAGUGAGGCAGACGCUCUCAGUCAAGACCUCGAACAAACAGUCAUAUUAGAGCUUACUCCUGCUCUGAUGCCAACCGAGGAGCUGGAGAAUUCACAAAAUGUGCCACAAAAUGAAAUCACUUCCUCCUCUCUAUUACCGACAAGUGAAUUUGAGACCCCUGGUCAGACUGUGGAUGAUAGUACAUUAAUUGAAGAGCCAGGCCUGUCAGUCCCUCCGUUAUUGUCAACUGUUGAGCUGGAGCUGACGUCUUUACAGCCAGAGCAACAUGAUGUUUCUGUUUCCUCAUUGGCUUCACCAGAGAGUCAUACAAACAUUCAGAGUGAAUCUGACUCUAAUCCUAAAGCUGAGGCCGAUUCACUGAUGCAAACAGUAGACCAAGAACCAAGUCACCCCGUGAUGGACAGCAGCACAAUGCAGAAGACGGAGGAAAAAAAUGAGCAAGAGCAGUUUGAGAAGUUACCAGUCGAAGUCAAGAAUACUGCGCCCCCAGCAGAGAGCUCGCCCGCAACAGAACAGGUUGAGGAUGGAUUACAGAAAAAGCAUGUCCUCCGGAUCUCAGUGCCACCUGUGAACGUCAUGUCAGCUCAGGAGCUGGUGAAAGUGCGGAAAAGAAAGCCAGCCCAGGCAUUUGUCCUCCAAGGGUAUGUGCAAGACCUUUUUGGAUCUGUGUCUCGGGACGACUUGCAUAGUGAUGCCAAACCAGCAAAACGCCAAAGAACAAAAAAGUCUCAUCUUGUUGUUAAAUUUGGACCACAAAACAAGGAAAAGAAAACCAUGAAACAGAAGAAGAUCUCGAAGCAGUGUGAGCCAGUGCAGGAGAAUGUGACAAGAGGUAAAACACCAAAAAUGAAUCAGUCAGAGAAGAAAGUGCCAUCACCGAAAAAGGGAAAAAAAGGGAAAAAGGACAAGGCGGAGUCUGCAUUAUCUCCAGCCAAAAUGCAGUCAGCUUCUUCAAACCAGGUCUCACAGCCAGUAAAGGAGGAUACAAAGAAAAGUAGUAAAAUGAAAAAGCAAAAAGAAGCCGCUAAAGCAGUUAUUGCGCACAAAACUGUAAAUUCACCUAUGUUUAAAAAGAAAAAACAACCGAAAAUAAGGCAAAAGGACCAACCUAAGACCACAAAGGGCGGCAAGACCAAGAAAAACCUUUCCGCUAAGGAAAAAGCCGAAAAGGCAGAAAGUCCAGGUUCACACAUAAAGCAAGACUCUUUACUUCUUCUGAAAGGUCAUAAACAGCCCCAGCUAAAAGUUUACAAGUUAGACCCUUCAAAGACCUCAAGCCAGCCAUCCGAGGUUCCACCUCAGGACUCUCAGACAAGGUCCAAUGUCAAAGACAAGAAGGCCAAUCAUCUGAGAAGUGAGCCCACAUCCGAAGUGAAAAAGAAAGAACGAAGGCCCAGCAAGAGCCAGAAAGUUCUUAAAUUGCUACCAUCACUCCAGCCUUCCCCUAAACCAGCCGCGACACUGCCCGCCAAGCCGAAGACCACCAGGAAACGUAAAGCCUCCUCAAAGGUGGAGGCAGAAGGAGUGAUUACAUCUCAACGUGCCUUGCAGUGUAAGGACUGCGGAGAGAGGUUUAGUGAAGUCUCCUCCCUGCAGAAGCACAAGACGAUGGUGCAUGUUGUUGAAAGUCCCCGUCUCACCUACACUAAUGGCAACAUAUUCGAAGGUGUCUCUACUUUAGAUAUUUACCAGCUUCCAAAAGACCAUGCAGGGGUGAUGAAUGCUCCGACAGACUGGGAUACCGAGCCAGAGAUGUCAGUAGAAGACAGAGAGCGAAAUGUCUCUUUUCCAGCUUUAAUUCCUUCCCCGUCGUUACCCAUUCCUCCCGCAGAUGUUGAAAUGAGUGCCUAUGAAGAUAUGCUUGGAACAAAAUCCAGAACAAACAAUCAACCUCACACCAGUCCAGAGGGUCCCUCACCAUCAGAUCAAAUGAAAAAUAACGAGGAGCAAAUAAAUUUCACAUCUGAAUGUUCUGUGACUGAUCUUACGCCAACAAAGGCUUCAGAAACGGCGGCGGUCCAGCCAUCGGACAAAGACAAGCUGGAAGAACCAAGUCCAAAGAGUCCUCGCAUUGAACCUGAUGUUCACAGCAAUAAGGAGGAGGACAUCAAGGAGGAUUUCGUCCUAGAGGUUGAUUUAGUCACUGUUGGUGAGCAGAAUGACAAAGACUCUACUGCCCCUCAAAACCAAUCAAGCAGAAGCUGUGAUUCAGAGAGUCCGGAGCAGGUUAAUGAUGAAACAAGUCAAACAACUUUGACUUUGCAAACAGUGUCAUGUUCCACUCAUCCAGUGGAGGUCAAGGAAGAGGAGGAAGAACUGUUAGUCCAGAAGAGAAAAGAUGACGGGAAUCGGCCUGUCAAGAAGAACGCUACCAGGGGUAGGAGAAGAACAAUGGGAUGUGUGAAAAGGGACAUGAAAUCAAAGUCACUUUCAGGAGAAGAUACAGUCAGAGAGACAGAAUCAGAAAAAGAACAAGAUGACUGUAACGUCAUUUAUGAAGAAUAUCUCGUGACUCCAGAUUCAGAAGUGACAAACAGAAAGAUCGGUGCAGAAAUUUGUCUGCAGGAGUCCUCUUCUCAAUCUGAUGACAGCAAAGCUGCCGCCCCUCCUGUUAGCUCCACGUUAGAGGAGUCUCGCGAGGAACAACUUGUGUUCGAGUUGGAGUCUGUAACCACCAGCGUUCAAGGAGUUGAUGACAGAGAGCUGCAAGGACAAGAACCAGGGAGAGAGACUGACCAGUCUCCCGGCAUCAUACUGGAGAAGUUCCUGACUUCUGGACAGAGAGAAGCAGCUGGCUGUCAGGAGAUCAAAGUUGAAACUGAAGGCGCGGAACCUCUGCACCAAAACAGCGAGAGUGCAGCUGUGCCCUCACCACACCAUCGCAACACGAGGUCUGUUCUGGUGAAGGAGGAAAGCUACCUCAUGCUGAGUGAUCCUCAGGCCACGCAGAGCAGCAACCGCAUGCGGUGGAAUGUGGAGCCAGUGAGCGAUGAAAACGCCAUCGUCCCGUUCAUGGACGUUGGAGAGACACCACGGGACUGUCGCGUCUCGCCGGAGUUCAGCUCCAACCAGUGUAUCUUUUACCCUGUGAAGGAGGAAGAGAGAGAGGUUCUUCUGGGAGCCACUCAGACCGACAGCGGGAGUGUAACCACAGAGGGCUCCAGCGAUGCACUUCAGGUUGAACAUCAAACAGGAGAUACAUAUGAAAGAAGCUUUUCUUCACGACCGUACCAGGAAACAGAAGUUGGACGUUUGAUAUCAGAAAAAGGAGUCAAUAACUUUACUAAUAGACAAGAGCCUGCAUGGCAGCGUCCACCAGACCUCCGGGACUUUCUUCUUCAGAGUUCUGAUGAGGAACACACGGGAAGUUUUGAGUUGUCUGAUCAUCAACUCGACUCAGAAGCUGAAAUAAUGGCCUAUUUCUCCAAAGACCAAACCGACGGCCCAGAACUAACAGGACAAACGUCGGGAAGUGAACCAGCUUCGUCGGACUUGGUCCAAGCACAAAGAGAUGAAAAUAGGACCAGAGUGCCCAUUGAUUAUUUCUGCACAUAUUUUAAUUGGGACACCUGGGUAGAAUUUACCAAUUGCACUAAUAAACUCAACAACUUGCCCAACCCCGUCACCUGCAGAGAAGUGGCAUGCUUCGUUGGGAUUCACAUUGCAAUGGGAACUUUGAAGUUCCCUAGUCCGAGACUUUACUGGGAGGACUUGACUAAAGUGCCCUUGAUUGCUGAAACGAUGCCACUGUCCCGGUUCCUGGAGCUGACCCGCAUGCUGAAGUUGACCUCACCUUCGAAGGGUCCGGCUAAUCCAAAUCUUCAGGAAGCUGCACAAGAUGGAGACUUCCACAAUACACAGCUGGAUGCUAGCUCAAGCAGUCACAGUGCAACAGGAGACGGGCAGAGCCGAGAUGAACAGACAAGUAAUGCAGUUCAGUCAACAUCACCGACUGACCCGUUGUGGAGGGUUCAGCCGAUUCUGAGACGUUUCAUGGCAGGCUGCCGGUCGCUGAGACAGCCGGGGGAAUAUGCAGUCGAUCAGUAUUCACUUCCUUUGACUGGCAGGAUGUCCAGUAACAAGCCAUCUCUGCACUGCACUACAUUAAUUGGAUUUAGUGGCUUACUUUCACAUGUGGAUCUCAAGCUGGAUCUCUCAGACAAAGAAGAUGCGGUCGAAAAAAUGGUUUCCAAGGGGAGUAUGGUGUUUCUUUGUAAGCAGGAGCUCUCCACUCCGGCCAUGCUGGAGCGUCUGUUGGCAGCCGGCGUUCAUGGGGCGGGCAGGGUGGGUGGAGCACGGGGGCAGAUUGGGGACGAGUUCGUGAGCUCAGAUGGGAAGCUGAUGUUGCGCAGGUCGCACUGUGGGUUCAUACUCUCUACCGCUGGAAAUGGACAGAGGAACAUGGCUUCACUCACCGACAAUUUUGAGAAGGCACAGAUGUCUGCUCGCUUGAACAGAGAUCUGCAGAAUCUUUACAAAACCCCCCUCACUGCGUCGACUCCCACCUGCUGGCCCCAUGCGGUGCUUUGGUACCUGACAGAUCUGGCUCUGGUAAACUCCUGGUUAACGUACCGACGGGACUACAAGGCGGUGUCCGCACCUUUGACUCUCAUGGCCUUCAGACUGGAGGUGUCCAAGGCUUUGAUACUCUCCAGUGGCUCCGACACGCAGGACUCGGCUCCUCCUCAGCCCCCCGAAGAAAAAGCCUGUUCGACGAGCGAAGCCCCCCAUCCCAUCGUGGUGGACGAGAGUCCUCUACCGGACGCAGCGACGCGGUACGACGGCUCGGGCCACUGGCCGGAGCAGCUCGGGGAGGGAGAAGGAGGCCGCUGCCGCUUCGGGAACUGUCAAAGAACUUCACGAGUGCUAUGCCUUAAGUGCUGCGUCUUUCUGUGCAUCUCACGUAACCACAACUGCUUUCUGAAUUUCCACAACCAAGAAAGUUCAGACAAGGAGUAGAAACUCUAAUAUAUGUCUUUUUUAAUCAUUUUACGUUUAGAAUGUAACUGUUUCGAGUGUCUGUGAAAUUAGUUCUUCUUUCCUACAACUUUCCCAUGAUGCCUUUCACUGGCAGCGUCAUUCCACUGAGCCUAUAUAAGAAUCAGUUUUCCUUGCGAAGUGUUAAAUAAAAGUUUCAUAGCCAUACACUGUGCUGCAAAAGAAAUGUAAAAAUGUUUCAACAGUGUGCUUACAUGAUGCUGUUUUUCUUAAGAAUGUUUGAACCUGAUCUAGUUUACAUUUCAUGUACAUUUUACAUCAAAUGUGUGAAUUUCUGAAGACAAUAAAAAAAGUACAACUGCUAUUUUUUUUGGCUGAUGAUUAUAAUUGAUUUUAGUAUCAUGCUUAUUUUUUCUA